AUGUCUGGCCUGGAGGCCCUCGGUGUCGCCGCCAGUAUCAUACAAGUCGCAGACCUAGGCACUAAAUUAUCCGUCAAACUCUUCUCCUUCUACCGACGGGUCAAGAAUGCCAACGACUCUAUCCAGCUCUUGUCCAACGAGAUCGCGCUCGUCAGUGCCAUUUUGCGUGAACUAGGCGACAACCUGAAGGCGGAGGAGUCGUCUAAACUCUGUUCAGAUGAGGCAUUUCGCACUCUAGGCCUUGUCCUAAAUCAGUGUCGGGACGUACUUGGACAGAUCCAGAGAGUGGUUGAUCAUAACGACCAGCCUGGGAAGGGUCGCUUUCAGCAAGUCACUGGAAAGUUUCGGAUAGUACUGCUUGAACCGAGCCUGGAUCAGCUCAAGAUCACCUUAGAAAGGCUAAAGUCGACGAUGCUACUUCUACUUAAUGUGAUUUUGUAUGCGGGUCAGAUUCGAAGGUACGCAUGUCUGUUCCUCCAUUUUAUGAUUCCUUAUUUAUAUUUCAUCAGCAACCAUAUUCCAACCCUAGUCCAAGAGCAGCGUGACUUGCUGCAAAAUCUGUUAGAAAGUCAAACUGAAACCCCAAAAACACGGCAGUCUGAUACGGGCGUGGAAUUUUCUCGAGGUCUCUCGACAGAGACGACACGCAGCAGGUCAUCCCACGCUAGCACUGAUGAGACUUCUGAUGAGAAGUACAAUUCAAAAACCCCCCAGCCGCUCUUAAAGAAUCAAUCUUUACGGGAUUCAAUGGACCACGCGAACAGCAGUGAAGGUCAGAUUGGAGCCCAUAGAGCUACAGAAGGCAAUACAUCCCCUGAGCUGAAGGAAUACAAUGUCCUUAUGCAGAGCAUGCUUGAUGAGAUCGAAUUGUGCAAAAGCAAGCUUGAGAAGAACAGACACUCCCGAAUCAAGAACGGUGUUUUAAAUAUCCACUCCGGAGAAAUCACGCGAUUCCAAAUCGAACAUGGACCCUCGAUUCACAUUGAUCACUCGCUUUUUGCCGUUCUCCAGCCCAACGUCACCAGUCGUUCUCCGUCCCUUGCAGGCUUAUACCACUCAUCACAAUCUACAAAAAUGCCUGUGGACCACUAUCUUGACCCAGACGAAUCGGACUUCUCCGAGACCGACUUGUCCAUCCGUGGCCGGAAAGACCGCACCCCUAUCCAUCGUCGCUCCGUCUCUCGCCAACACCCAGAAACCAAAGAGACCUCCCUGAUGUCGGUGCAGCCACCCUCACGCAUGUCCCACUCGCCUCCAAUGGGCAGACGGCGUUCCUUCGAGCGAACAAGGCCAGCGAGGUUUAUAGUCAACGAGCAGGGGCAGCGCACCGGCAACGGCAGCAAGCCACCACGGGUGCCGCGGAAGGUGUACGAUGACUCGGAUGAGGAAGUAGUGCGCUUGUUACAAUGGAGUGUUGCCAGUAGUCUCUCUCACGAAUCAUCCCCCUCCCCUCGUGACCCAGAGAUUGCCACGGACCAGCGCAUGCUCGAGAGGAGUGACUACCGGAAAGAUAUGGAGAUCUGGAAGAGCCAGCUGGAGAUCGAGCGACUGGAGCGUGAGCUCGAGAAGAUCCGUGAGAAGAGCUCCCCGCCGCGCGAAGUCGUGCUCCUACCCCCAUCUUGUGCGUCCCGCUCGCAGCGUAAGGAAGAGGAGUGGUAUGAGGAUGAGAUGAGUGAACGUCUGCGCCCGGAGCGGCGAUCUGAACGCUCGUUCCGGCGAACGCAAACGGAAUUCGAUUGGCGACUGAAGAAAUUUGAUGAGGCGCAGAUUAUUACAAAAGAAGGGCAGAACGCGGUUCUGGAGGAGGAGAAACCGAAACAGGAACUGGAGAUCGAGAAGGCUGCUGUUCAGGAGUGGAAGCCAGAACAGGCGCAUAUCAAGCGGAAGGAAGGGGGCGCCGCCGACACAGCAGCACCGAUAGCUCCAGAAGUGACCACAUCCCCCAAGGGUAUCUUGAAGCCUCGGCGUGAAAGCUUUUCUGAAGGACCUAAUCCGGUGAGCGAAGGUGUCGCUCCGCUCGAAAAGGUCCAUACCAAGGACAUCUCGCCUGACAACCUGUGGACCGAAUUUGACCCGUUUGUUGAAGGUCUCUCGCUGCCAGGCAAUCUAGAAGACCUGUUAGGGCAGUGGACCACCCUUAACAAGCAAGAGAUUCAGCGUGGCCAGCUGUCGGCAUUUUAG